AUGGAGUUUCAUGCGAUUGGGAGCGUACUAGCCAACCUCUUCGCUUCGCCGGCCUUACUCGCAGUCGCGGGCUGCGCGAGUGUCAAACUAGCGGCUUGUGUGUUGAACUUCAUCUGGUCUCUUUGCGCUGCCUACCUUCUUCGAGAAGCAGAUUUCUGGACCAAGUUGUUGCCCGAAAAACGGGGAUACUGGAAAAAUCGCGUCGCGUGGGUUACAGGCUCCUCCAGUGGCAUCGGUCUAAGUCUCUGUCGUCUUCUAGCUCAACGAGGAUGCCGCAUCAUUAUGUCCAGUCGGAAUAUGGAGGACCUACAGGCAGCGAAGCAGGACGUGGUUACGUUUUGCGCACAGAAGGGAUUGCAGGAGUCUGAGAAUGCUUUUCUCCUCCUUCCCUUCGAUAUGCUAAAGCUCGAGGCAUUGGAGGAUGUCGUCAAGAAAGCUACUGCUUGGGCACCUAAUGGCCGCAUAGAUUUUCUCUUCAACAACGCGGGUGUCUCCAGUCGGGGGCUUUUCAUGUCUUACGAGGCUACCGAGAAGAUUUUGAAGAUCGAUUUGCUAGCUCAGGUCAAACUGACGAAGCUGGUUCUCCCUAUCAUGAGCAAGGCAGGUUUUGGCCACAUCAUCUUCACAAACUCGGAGAGCAGCAAGCUGGUUACAUGCGGUCGCGAGCCGUAUUGUAUGGCCAAAGCUGGUCUUUUGUGCUUCGCCGAGUCAUUGUCGAGGGACCUCAAAGCAAAAAGCAUAAACAUCUCCGUAACGAGCGCCGUCCCCGGUUGCAUCCGGACCAACACGAGCUACAAGACUCUGGGCCCAGACGGAGCACCGUUGACUGACGACACGUCGUAUAUGCAUCCGGACGUCGCUGCAGGUCUGUCUCCUGAUACUGCCGCCAGGUACAUGCUAAAGGCCGCUUCAAACAAACUACGAGAAUGCUGGGUCGCGCCAACUCCCGUCCUCUUCUAUUUAUAUGUCCAGGAGUAUUUACCGGAUUUAAUGAGCAGUCUGUUGGAUUUGCGGGCCGAGGCCCAUGCUCUCGAAAUUGAGGAAGAAGCGCAAGAACUGGAAGAGAUUGCCCAGAGUGUAUCACGGACUUCCCCACAAACAACUUGA